AUCUCAGUCUUUGCAAUCAUGUUGCAACGACUAGACAUGUGGUCAGUGGUGCUGUUGGUGUCAUUAUGUGGUCUGGUCCAUGGAUUAUAUCGACUGGACCCUCUUGUGGCUACAAACAAGGGUCUUAUCCGAGGUCUUCGGUCUGACGAGGGAUACGCCCAGUUUUUGGGUGUUCCUUAUGCAGUUGUGGAUAAGAACAAUCCUUUUGGGCCUUCAACUCCGCACCCAGGCUUCGAUGACAUCUUCGAAGCUUACGAGACAAACGUGUGCCCUCAGAUGUCUAACGAUGAAGCCAUUGGAACCAUUGAUUGCCUCACCUUGAACAUCUAUGUACCAAGUGCUGCUACCACCCAAAACCGCUUACCAGUAAUGGUAUGGAUACACGGAGGAGCUUUUGUUUUUGGCAGCGCAGAAGCUGAAGGAAGUCCUAGAUUGUUAUUAAAACAUGACGUCAUCGUAGUAUCUUUAAAUUAUAGACUUGGCGCUUACGGUUUCAUGUGUUUGGACAUCCCAGAAGUACCAGGCAAUCAAGGACUUAAAGAUCAAGUGUUAGCUCUGAGGUGGAUCAAUGAGAACAUUGAAGCUUUUGGAGGUGAUGCUGGACAAAUUACCGUAUUCGGUGAAAGUGCUGGUGGAAUGUCUGUGAACUUUCAUCUGCUAUCUCCAUAUGAGACUUUAUUCCAGAGAGCCAUAAUUCAGAGUGGAUCGGUUUCUAGUCCUUGGUUAAAAAUGGAGUCAGAUAAGACAGUUCCAAUCAAAUUGGCUGAAGCCUUAGAUUUUGAAACUGAAGAUACCCUUGAAGCUCUGGAGUAUCUUGCAUCUGUAGAUGUUCAUACAUUGAUCAAGCUUGCUAACGAUUUAGGAAUAACAAGCUUUACUGAAAGUGAUAUACCUAGUACUCUGCCGUGUAUUGAGAAGGAAAUUAAUGGCGUCGAAGCGUUCAUGACCGAUUAUCCCAUGAACAUCAAUUCCCCUAAAGUUCGUAAUACUCCAAUCAUCAUUGGACACAAUAACAACGAGCUACCUUUCCUGUAUGAGCGUGCUGAUUCAGAUUUUUUCUCGAACUAUGAUUUUAGUUUCAUUUCUAACGCUUUUGACUUGGGAGAUGAUUGGGAGGAUGCUGUAAAUGAUGUGAAGCACUUUUAUAUGGGAGAUGAGCCACUCAAUGAAAAUGUAGCAAAUGAAAUUACUGAUUUUGGUUCAGACUUUAUUUUUAAUCAUCCGACGCAAAGGAUGGCUGAGAGGCUUUUAGACAUCGGUGCUAGGACAAUUUACCGAUAUGUUUUCUCAUACAGUGGUGGAAGGAAUUUGGUAAAAGUUUUAUACAACUUGAAUUCGACGGGAGCUACCCAUGCUGAUGAGCUUGGAUAUCUGUUUGAUAAUGGAAUAUUUAGCAAAGACAUUGCUCCUGAAGACCAAUUAAUGAUAGACAGGAUUACGACUCUUUGGAUUAACUUCGUUAAGUAUGGGGAUCCAACACCAACUACUUCGGAGCUGCUUCCAGUAAAGUGGCUGCCUAUCACGAAGACCAGCCAGCCUUACUUGAACCUCGACUCAGACCUCACCCUUGAAGCCAGGCCGUUCCACGACAGGAUGGCGUUCUGGGAUCUCUUCUAUAAACUCCACAAAAAUCAGCAUAAAUAUGAAGUUUCUGGAAAAUAAACAGUAGAUAAUAUAGGGAAAUAAAUGCGACAUGUACUUUUUUGAAUUUGAUUGAAAUAAAAUAUUGAACUCU